AUGAAGAGCUUCAGCCUUCUCGCAUUGGGUCAAGCUCUGCUUGCAGUAGCCACUCCUCAUGGCUCUGAGCUCCCUGUUCGCCAACAAGGCAAUAGCUUCGCAGGCGUAAACUCCUUCUUCCUCCAUGCUUUCAAGCGGCAGGAUAGAUUGGACGUCCUGGACGCCAUCCAGGAUGCACAUCUCAAGGUCCUACGAAUCUUCAUUUCACCAACUGGCCAGAACUUCAAGAAUACUGGCUCAAUUGCAAUGCCUGACAUUGAGCCCCAAACCGUGGGAGUCUGGGACGAUACCCAGCUCAGAGCCAUAGAUCAACUCAUGGUAGAAGCUCAAGCCAGAGGCAUUAAGCUCACCAUCGCCAUCCAUGAUCGCUACCAGCUCGGCUGCUGGGGAAGCGAUGCCUACGUGUCAAAGUACAAGCUGCCUGCAGUAGACUGCAACACUCAGCCGGCUAGUGCCAACAACGUCGAGUUCUGGUACUCGGACAAGAAUUGCAUUUCCGAUUUUCAGAAUCGGAUCCGUCACGUUCUUGAACACAAGAACACACUCAUCAGCGGAAGUCCAGCCUGGAAAGAUCUGAACAGUCACAUCUUCGCGUUCAAUAUCCAGAACGAAGGUCAAGGCCAUUUGAACAACAAUAUUCCACCUCAUCCGUCGUGGUGGUGCGAUCGAGCUGGCUUCAUGCGGGGCAUUAUGGGUAGCAGUAAGGUUCUGAUCUCCACUGGUGGUGGCAAUGAGUUUCCCAACUCAGAUGUUGCAGAGAACUGGGCUUGCAAGGCCUUGGACCUUGUCACCAUCCACUCCUACAUGGGCGUCAACGAAUUCAAGAACAAGGGUCCAGUUGCGCUGCAGCACGCCAAGAGCGCCAACAAGCUCAUGCUCUUUGAGGAGUUCGGUGCUACUGGGAGCAAUGUGUUCAAUGGUCUUGGUGUGCCGUGGAUGCCCUGGCAGAUCAGCAAGCCUGGCAACAAGGCAAAUGAUUAUGAGUUUUGGACUGAUGAGCCUACUUAUGAUGUCGUUGAGGAUGGUUCCAAUGAUGCCCUGGCAAUAGGCGCUGCACAGACCUGGUCUAUCUAG